CAGGCCCCGGCUGCUGCCUGCCUGCCCUGAGUGUGCGGAAGUGCCGUUUUGAACUUGACCUGAAACAUGAACCCAAUCGUCACUCAGCCGGGCUUUGGCAUGGGCGCCCCCAUGUCCAGUGACUGGCAGACGGGCGCCUUCGACUGCUGCAGCGACAUGGGCGUGUGCCUCUGCGGGACCUUCUGCGCGCUGUGCCUGUCGUGCCAGAUCGCCUCCGACAUGAACGAGUGCUGCCUGUGCGGGGCCAGCGUGGCCAUGAGGACCCUGUACCGCACCCGCUACGGCAUCCCGGGAUCUAUUUGCAAUGACUUCUUAAUGCUGGCAUUUUGCCCUAACUGCGCCCUUUGUCAACUCAAGCGAGAUAUCAACAGAAGAAAGACAAUGAGUACUUUUUAAAAGGUUCUCGAUGAAACGCGGAAUGGGGAAAGAAGGCUGAAGUGAAGUUCCAACGCUGUUCAUGCUAUUUCC